UCCUAGAAGGACCAGUUGCAGGACGUUCCGGGUGGGCACGAAGGAUCCUAGGCCUCGUCAUCCGUGCUGAGCGGCCAUUGAUGUGGAAGGAGAUCCAAAGUCACCUCUGCAUCGAUGUCCAAUCUGAAACAGCUGACCCCGACUUCCGGCUCUUGGACCCAUGCAAGAUGUACUGUGGCUCAUUAGUUAAGGUCCAGCGGAAUAAUGGGCUAGUAUGUCUGUCUGGCUCGGAUGACGUUGUUGAACUUGUUCACGAAACUGCUCGGAGAUAUUUGCUUGAAACUGGCAGAUUCUACGGAGCCGGUCUUCAUACGGAGAUAGCCCUCUUCUAUCACAGCAGCGCUCCCAAGAAGACAAGACUUGGCAAGACAAGCCAAACCGAGGCCCGGCUAGACAAGACAAGACGACGGCCUAAUUUGGCAACGGAUAUGCCCUGUCUUACAAGAUUUCCCAAGAGCUUAGGUCGAUUUUUUGGUUAGGGUAUGCCAAGGUUAGAGCUACAUAUAGGGCCGGAACGGAAAAACUAGACCCAGGCAGAUUUGCAAGAUAGU